AUGUUUAAAAAAACUAAGGCAGAUAAGCAGGCGGAGAAGGCUGAGAAACAGAGGGCCAAAGCAGAGAAGCAGAGGUUAGAAAAGGAAGCCAAACAAAAAGCCAAGGAAGAAAGAAAGAACAAAAAGAAGCCACUGAAAGAGGAUAAACCCAUUUCUGCAACAGAGGAGAUUCAACCACCAAAAGGUUUUUCCCACAACAAGGCUGACACAGCAAAAGGCAAGACCCAGUUCGCAAAGAAAACCAAAAAUAUUAAUGAGAAAGUUGCUCUUGUAGAGGCUGAUCCAGUUGAUUCUGAUGAUGAGGAAGAGGAGGAGGAUGAACCGAUAUUGACCAAAGCCAUUAAAGGCCAAAACCGAAUGAUGCUUCUCAAAGCCAAAGGUAAAGACCUCAAAGCCAUCCUGGAACCGGAGGAGCAGCAGGGUGCUGGAAGCAUUGACAAAGGGCGCCCACAGAGCUUGCUCUUGGGGAAGGUCAAGAUGGCGUCUCUCAGACAGAAAGCAAAUAAGAUACUGGCAAAGCCCAGUGAGGAAACAUCAGAGGCCCUUGAUGGGGGGCCCAGCAAACCCAAGGAACGUUUGAUAGCACGAAGAAAAGGUAUGACCACUCUUCGCAGGGUGUCCGGUUGGAUUCAGAAAAACGUGCCACGUGGAUUAAACUUGAGAAAGAAGCUUUCUGCUUGGACUAAAGCCAUCGCCGUCUCCCGCUGGCUCUCCCUUCGAGCGGUAAAACUGAAACAAGGUCCCAGAAAAUCGAAGGGCAAUAUCCUCAAACACAGGAUGGCCAUGAGGGUUGCCAGUAAAACCAGCCUGGCCAGUAAUAAAAACAGGAGCUCCUCUGAAGACAAAAUGGCAAAAGAGAAAGCCAGCCUACAAGCAAAGGCAGGGGAGGGAGGGGAAGUGGCUCCAGCUGGGGAGAAAGAGGUAGAGGCCAAAUAUGCUGUGGUACUCCCCAGGAUGAACAGACUAGGCAAGGCAAAGGCAGCUGAGGUGCCCCAGGCAGCUCCUGGACCUUCUACUCCAUCAAAUGUCAGUGGAUCACCAGGAGAACCCCUUACAUCGGAGCCCAAACCUCCAAAACCAGGUGCCAGGCUAGUGCUUCCAGUCAAACCGGAUCUUAGCCUCCUGAAGUCCAUCAAGCAGCCUUUGCUAGGAGGGUUAACAUCUGGUGGAGAUGUGGCAGAGAGGAGCCCUGGGUCCAGCGAUACCCUAGAGGGAUCAUCCAACACUGAGGAUAGAAAUGGGAGACCUGCCGACAAUCAAGAUGGAGUCAGUGUGUUACAGGCUGCAAAGGGGAAACUGGACCCCUCCCAGAUCAACCUGACCAAGAUGUCCUUGUCGAGAGGAACAAUAGGUGGUCGACCGGCUCAGGCCAAGGGAGCAGAGAGAGAGGCUGCGGCUGGGAUACCCAGGUCCACCACUCAGCCCUUUCCAAAUGGGGAGGCAAGCACAGUCGUGUCAGGCAUCCGGUCUUUGUAUGAAGAGGAAGCAGACAGGGAAGUGGCCCAGCUGAUGGGUGACAGGGGUGUAUACGCUAUCACCCAGCCAGAGGUGCACUGGGCUGGCAACCCACGGAUGAGUGGAGACCCUCAGGACUGGCUGCGCGCUGAGAACCUGUUGCCCCACCAGACAGUGGAGAAGCUAACCAAGUGGACCGUCUAUGACGAUGGAGGCCAGGCCAGGACCAUUCCUGCCCACAAUGGCAGGGGCCCCUGGGAAUCAGAGGACCCCACCCAGGAGAUGCUGGAGAGUCGACUCCUCAGCACACAGGUGGUGAUGCCUGGCGGCAAAAUAGCUGUAGAGGUUGAUGAGGUGGAGGAUCUGUCCCAGCUGGAAGAGGUGUGCGAGAGCUCUGUGCUUCUGAAUCUGAAGAAGAGGUUCCACCGUGACUGUAUUUAUACCUACAUUGGAAACAUGCUCCUGUCUAUUAACCCCUUCAAGCCCCUUAACAUCUACACAGAGGAGCUCAGACAGAGAUACCAGGGCAAAGAGCAGCAGAGAAACCCACCCCAUGUGUAUGCCAUAGCCGACGCUGCUUUCAGUCAGUCUCAAGCCUCCACACAGGAGCAGUGCAUCGUCAUAAGUGGACAGAGCGGUUCAGGGAAGACUGAAGCUACCAAGCUGAUAGUCCACUACCUCAGCUCCAUGUAUCAGGGCCGAAACGACAACCUGCGACAGCCCAUGGAGGUCUUUCCCAUCCUGGAGAGUUUUGGAAAUGCCAAGACCAUCCUCAACGACAACUCCAGCCGCUUCGGCAAGUACCUCCACAUCCACAUUCUCCAUGGGGUUGUUGUAGGGACCUCAUUGUCCAAAUACCUCCUUGAGAAGUCCAGGGUUGUCUUUCAGGCCAGUGAGGAGAGGAACUACCAUGUUUUCUAUGAGCUGCUGGCAGGUAUGAACGACUGGGACAAACAGGAGCUCUACCUGCAGGGAGCCGAGACCUAUUACUACCUGAACCAAGGUGGUUCCUGUGAAUUGAAGGGGAAGCAGGACAAGCAGGACUUCCAGCUUUUGGUUCAGUGCUUUGAGACCAUCGGUUUGCAUGCUGAUCAGAUCUCCACCGUCUGGGCCAUCCUCUCCUCUAUCCUGCAGCUCGGCAACAUGUGCUUCAGCUCAUACGAGAGUGAGUCGUUUGAGGUGGCUCGUAUCUUCAGCGAGGCCGAGGCCAGGAGGGUUGGCUGCUUGUUGCAGAUUUCCUCCGAGGCCCUGCAGACUGUCAUCACCCACAGAGUCACAGAGACGACCUAUGACAGGAUCUACUGCCCACUAUCUGUGGAAAGUGCCAUAGAAUCCAGAGAUGCCAUUGCCAAAGCCUUAUAUUCAGUGCUGUUUGACUGGCUGCUGGAGCAGAUCAAUGACUGGCUGAGUCCCACAGAGAUGGACAGCACUGUGGGCAUAGUGGACAUCUACGGGUUUGAGGACCUGGGAGUGAACAGCUUUGAGCAGCUGUGUAUCAACUUUGCCAAUGAGCAGCUGCAGCACUUUGUCAACAAGGCAGUGAUCGCCCAGGAGCAGGAGGAAUACAGUGCAGAACAGAUCCCCUGGUAUCCCAUGCCACUCAAGAACUUCCACUCCUGUCUGGAGCUGAUCUCCUCAAGACCACAUGGCAUCCUCCGCAUACUGGACGACCAGACCUGCCUCCCCCAAGCCACCGACCAUACCUUCCUCCAGAAGUGCCACUACCACCAUGGGAACAGUCCCUACUAUGCCAAGCCCAAAAACCCACUGCCAGUCUUCACUGUUUAUCACUAUGCCGGGGCUGUCACUUAUCAGGUUCACAACUUCCUGAAUAAGAACCACGACCAGUUCAGGACAGAAGUGGUGGAGCUUUUCGCCAGGAGUCGUUCAAAGAUGGUGUCAGAGCUGUUCCGGAAGGUUCAGGAUGGUUUCAUCCAGCAGAGAGAGCUGGGCUGGAGGGGGAAGGGCCUCCGCCAGCAGCCCUCCACUGCUGCCUCACACUUCCUUCAGUCCCUGACCGAACUCACCACCCGCCUGGAGAGAUGCAAAACCACUUUUAUUCGUUGCCUGAAGCCAAAUUACGUCAAGCUUCCUGGGAUCUUUGACGUAGACUAUGUGUCAGCCCAGCUGAGGCAUGCUGGGAUGCUUGAGACCAUCCACAUCAGGAAAGAGGGUUUCCCCAUACGGAUACAGUACUCCUACUUCAUUGAGAGAUACGGAGUGCUCCUGACCCAGCGGCUGAGUGAGGUGUCAGACAGAGAGCAGACGCUGUCUCUGCUGGACAUGGUUGGUGCAGAGGAGGGACAGUACCAGCUGGGACUCACCAAGGUGUUCCUCAAGGAGCUUCUGUACCAGCAGCUGGAGGAAAAGUGGAGCAGCACCCAGACCUGGGCUGCCAUCACCAUCCAGAGGAACAUCAGAGGCUUCCUCUGCAGGAGGAACUUCAGGUUCUUCAAACAGAAAGCCAUCGUCAUCCAGAGCCACAUCCGAGGACACCAGGCCAGGAAGUACUACAAGCGCCUAAGACAGUCCUUCACCCAGUUCUGGGCAGUGAUGAUGAUUACCAGGAACACCAUCAAGAGACGCCAUUGGAGGAAGGAAUUUUACGAGAAGAGCAAAGUAAAGGCAGUAACAAAGACGAAGUCUGUCUCUCCAGGAAUGGAUGUGGGGAUGCUGGAGAUCCCUGCUGAGCUGUCAGCCAGACUUCGCAGCGCAGCAGGGCAGCGGCGUGCGUCAGGGGUCACAGAGGUCGCGCCUCCGCAGGUGAAGGCGGCACACAAGCUCGCCCUGCCUCUGGAUAUAGACAGAUACCCGUUCUCCCGCUAUGCCAAGUCCAUAUUAACGGUGAGCAAGGAUUCGAUCCAGCUGGUGAAAAACUUCCAAGAUACAUGGUGCCAGCCUCAAGGAUACCCCCUCCAGAAGCCCCUGACCCCUCUGGAGCCUGAAGAUGCCAGAACUGCCCUGGACAUUUACAAACUGAUAUUGCGCUUUACAGGUGAGUCGGACCUCAGCGGCUGGCAGGAGCAGAUGUUGGGUAACUACAUAGUGGAGAAGGGUCAGAGCCGGCCAGCCUUGAGGGACGAGAUCCUGGCCCAGUUGGCGUACCACACGUGGGGCCUGCAGGAGGGGCAGGGCAGUCUGAGGGGCUGGCUGCUGCUGGUCUGCUGCCUCAGUGCCUUCACCCCCUCCCCAACACUAGACAAACCCCUGCUCAAGUAUGUGUCCGAUCACAGUCCAGGGGAGUACCGCUCACUGUGCCAACACAAACUGCUGACAUCUCUGCAGCUCCCAGCUCCCGCUGCCCGAAUCUACCCCCCCACCCAGCUGGAGUGGACCACCAACCAGAGGAAGGGCACAAUGCUGCUGGAUGUGCACACAUUCAACGAUGAAAAGCUGACAACUGAAGUGGAGUCAUGGACCACAGGAGAGCAGCUGGCCUCAUGGCUUCUUCAUUUCCGAGGUGUGUCGGAGGCAGUGCAGGGCUGGACGGUGUCCCUGUUGACCGAUGAAGGCUGGUCAGAUCUGGCUGGCUCGGAUUUUGUCAUGGAUCUUCUGGCUGGAGCCGAAGCUGAAGUGAUGCCACCACCAGGGACUCCUUCUUCUACACAGUCGGACUACCUGUUCAGCAGCCAGGGAGACAGGAUGCCAACUACAGAUCUUGAUGACUUCAUCCCACCCGCACCUCCCAUACAAGCUCCUGGGCUGCCUCCUUUGGAGGGACGCCCCUGGGCAAGAGAUUAUCCACAGGAAGGCCGUGGUCGACAGGUGGAUGCCUACGUUGAUGACUUGUUCGACCCUGUGCUGGACCAAGGACCUCCAGUCAUGCCCAGCUAUGGUGCAACUCCCAUGAUGCCAACUGUGCCCGCCAUGCCAGCCAUGCCAGCCAUGCCAGCCAUGCCAGCCAUGAUGAUGCCUCAGAUUCCCAUGCCUGCCCCCUCUGUCGCUGACCCCAUGCACAUGGCAGCAACACAGCAGGCCCUCAUCAACCAGCAGGCUGUUCUCAUGGCCCAGCAGAUGACCAUGCAGGCCAUGAAUCUGUCCCAGCAGCAGACACAGGAGCAGCAGAGGAAGCAGGAGUCACAGAGCCUGAGGGGGAGGGAGAGAAAGCACGGGGAGGAGAGGCAGAGGAGACACCGGUCCGAGCGCCGGUCCAGGGAACGCUCACGCUCACCGUCCCCUCGAUCUGUCUCACCCCCCCGUGCCAGAUCCAAAGCACCCGCACGUAAACACACUUCCAGCCACAGGAAGCCUGAGCCAGAGCCAUACAGCGAAGGGGACCUAACAGAUCCAAAUGAACUGCACUCCUUUAAAGAUAAGAGGGAACACUUCCAGAAGAUUGGUAAAUCCAAAACCCCAAAACAACGGCCAGUCACCCCCAGCCCACCCAGACAGCAGAAACCUUCCCCACCACCACCACCUCGUUCAUCAACCCCUCCCAUAGCACCUAAGCCUGAGGCUCCCGCAGAGAUAUGUGCCCCACCCGAGAUAUGUGCCCCACCCGAUCCUGCCCCAGAACCAGAUCCCCCAAAAGCACCGCCUGUCCCAACUCCCCUCACAAAGCCUAAGCCUGAACCCACCUCCAAAAUCAGGGAAAUCAUCAAACAGUUUAACAGCCGACCCCAACCGGAGCCCAAACCCUUUGAGCCUGUCAGACAUGGACAAGGACGGCCUUUUUUAAAGAGGAGUGACCCCAAAGAGGAAGCUCUGGCCAAACUCAAAAACAAAGCACCAGCGCCACAAGAGAAGAAGCAGCCACCUCCUCCGCCACCACUCAAGCCUAAGAAGGAGUCAGCUCCUUCAAGGAGCCCCUCUCCGCCGCCCAUGAUUGGCCGCACCAUCUCCAGCAACAUGAAGCAGGCACAGCGCUCCCUGGCGGAUCUGUUCGGCUCCCAGAACCUUCCGCCAGCUCCCCCGGACUCCCCGCCACCUCCUCCGCACCCAGCACCCAUCCUUCAGGACAUCCCCGACCCGCCGCCCAUGGCUGCCCCGUCUCUCAACAUGAUGCCAGAUGAGAAGGACAUUCGCUCCCAGCUCCACCGGUUCUCUGCUGGUGUUUAUUUCUCUUACUCCAACAUGCCAGGGAAACUGUUCAUGCGAAAAGAAGUGUUUUACCCCAGAGAGGUGUUCAACCGUCCCUACAUCCUCAAUCUGUUAUGUGAGCAGAUUAUGAGGGACACCUACUCUGACAGCUGUGUGAGGAUCAGCCGCGAGGAGAGGAGGAAGAUGAAGGACCUGCUGGCAAAUUUCAAUGUGGGGACGACUAUAAGCACCAUCCAGAAUGACACCAUGAAGAAGAGGAUCGUCAUUGCUGCUCGAGACAACUGGGAAAACUACUUUACCCGCCUGUUCCCUGUGAAGUCGGACAGUGGGGACACUCACGUUCUGGGUGUGUCUCAUCGUGGCGUUCGUCUCCUGAAGGUGGUCAGAGCAUCAGGCAUCAACCCCGAACACCUCCAUCUGCUCAGGAGCUACAGUUUUGCAGAGUUGCUGUCAGUUGACCUCCAGGGUGCAGAGAGAGUGGAACUGGGGCUGAAGAGUGAGAACUUGGUGCUGCAGUCGCCCAGGGCUCCUCAGAUCACUGCCAUGAUCCGAUUCUUCAUCCAGGAGCUCAUCAGGGACUCAGGCCAUGUGGUUGCUCUGAAGAGUUUCGUGACAGAUGACAAAAGUCUGCUCAGCCUCAACAAGGGUGACAUCAUCAAACUGCUGCCAAUGGAAGUAGCCCAGACAGGUUGGCUUUUCGGCACCAUGGGAGGGCGCUCUGGCCUUUUCCCAGAGGAACACACCCAGCCAUCUGCGGCCCCGGACUACCACUGUCUCAACCUCGAUCGAAGAGAUGAGAGGAGGAAAAGCCUGAGGGCGGCUAAACCUGCCAGCUCCCCCGAGGGCCCCUCUCCAGGUCCCAACAUCAGACGCACGGGCAGCAAUAAUUCAGAGGUCUCGAGACCGGGGUCGGUCCAGAGCUCGGUCCACGAGCUUGAGCACUCUGCCAUAGCUGAGUUUGCCAUGAAGUACUUCAGAGUGGGGACUUCAGGUCUGCCAGAAAAUGGAAGGAAUUUUUCAGAGGCAGUUCAGCACACAAAGGUCCCCAUCCAGGAGUCCCUCAUUCUCUACACUGAUCCCGAAUUCAAUGAUUUAUCUGUCAAGUGCUUCAUGAACCUGAUGCAGUUCAUGGGCGACAUGCCAAUGAAGAAGAAUGCCACCGAAUCAAACUGCCUGAACCACAUCUUACUGUUAGGGAAGGAAAAGGAGCCGCUGAGAGAUGAAAUCUACUGCCAGGUCAUCAAGCAAACCACCAACAACCCUACCAAAUCAACCUGUACCAACGGCUGGCAGCUGCUCACCCUGGUGACCGGGUUCUUUCCCUGCUCUGGCACUCUGCAGCCCUACGUCACACAUCACCUACAAGACAUCGCUCAGGACUACGACCACCCGUACCACGAGCUGGCGAGUAUGUGUGAGGAUAACCUUCGGCGAUCUCUCAGUUUUGGCGGUCGCCGUAACAUCCCGUCACGUGUAGAGAUGGAGGCCAUUCUGGCUGGCAAAACUUCUCAAGUUCUUCCUUUCCAGCUGCCAGGAGGAGUGGAUUUCCCCGUUAAUGUUCACAGCUUCAGUGUGGCAGCAGAUGUGGUAGCCGAGUUCUGUAAAGAAAUGGAUGUCUCCAAGCUCACAGAAAUCAAAGAGUUUGCUGUCCUCGCCAUCGAAAAGAAAGAUGAGAUUUUUCAUGCCCUCCGUGCUGAGGAGUAUCUCUUCGACUUCCUGAUGGAUGACAACUCCAUCUUCUUUUCCCUGAGAAGAGUGAUGUGGAGAAACCCUCUGUCCUUUAACAGUGACCUCUAUGUGGAGUUCCACUACCAGCAGGUCCUGGGUAACUAUCUGAGAGGGAGGCUGAGGCUGACUCCUGCCGUAGGUGGUUCCUCAUCAGUCCAGCAGAUCGCAGAGCUGUCAGCCCUGCAGCACCUGGCUAAGGGGCUGAUGCACCAGCCCUCCAUGUCGGAGAUAAAGGAGUACCUGCCCUCUCAGGAUGGCCUCAGCAGUAGAGUUGAGGAGAUUCACUCCUUCUGUCAGGGCCAGAUAGCUGCCAUGCAAUCCCUCAGCCCUCAAGAUGCCAAAAUAAAAUUCAUUGAGUUCAUGACCACCCUGCCACUGUUUGGCUCCAGCAUUUUCUUUGCCCAGAAGGUCAGCCAGCGCGGUUGUCCUUCCCCAUGCAUGAUCAGCAUCAGCCAGGAGGGGGUGCUGUUCCUUCACCCCAAAACACAGGAGCGAGUGUUUCUGAUCCCUCUGGCAGAUGUGCAGUCCAUGCGCACCAUCCGUCCCAAGAGACAAGGCAAAAUGCCGGCUGUGGAGAUCAAUUAUGGCAAUCCAGGCCAUCCCAAAACCAUCACCUUUCAUCUCAAACAGGCCAAGGGGCUUUGCCACAUCGUCGCCCUGAUGAUGGAAGACGUGGUCCAGCCGUCAGCCAACAGCACCAUUUCAAAUCGCUCGUAGACACACACACACACACACACACACAUAACACAAACACACAUUGCUGAAGUUUUUGUUAAUUGACUGGCUUCUGUAACAGACUUUUGUUUAUAUCUUUUUUGUUAAUUACUCUUUUUUUCUGUGUAACUGGACAGAGUGUUAAUAAUGAAAUGGGCUGAAUAAAAUGAUGAAUGUGCACACACAGUACUGAUAUUCUCUCCAAUCUUAUGUUAUCGGAGAGAAACAGAUGACGACACAUGAACUAGUCUGAUCAUUGAACAUAAGUGAACACGGGCUUAGGGUUGAGAGUAAGUCACCAGUUAUUGUAUGAAGAAAUCAUAAAUAAAGAAAUCACUGCAGAGUUUGAUAAUCA